AUGGCUGCUUACUACCACGGAAACCCUCCGGAGAUCUCAGCCGGAUCCGACGGUGGUUUACAAACGUUGAUCCUCAUGAAUCCAACGACUUACGUUCAAUACACUCAGCAAGACGACGACUCCAACAACAACAAUAACACCAACACAAGCAACACAAACAACAACAACAACAGUUUCGUGUUCCUCGAUUCACACGCGCCGCCGCAAAACGGGAGCCAGCAGUUCGUCGGAAUCCCACUCUCCGGCCACGAAGCAGCUUCCAUUACAGCCGCCGACAACAUCUCCGUACUUCACGGAUACCCUCCGCGCGUGCAGUACAGUCUCUACAGUAGCCACCAAGUGGAUCCCACUCACCAGCAAGCCGCGUGCGAGACGCCACGCGCGCAACAAGGCCUCUCUUUGACUCUCUCGUCUCAACAACAGCAGCAACAACAUCAGCACCAACACCAGCCUCUCCAUCACGUCGGUUUCGGUUCCGGACCCGGAGAGGAUAUCCGCGUCGGGCCAGGCUCGGCAGGAUCGGGAGUAACAAACGGGAUAGCGAACCUCGUUAGCUCCAAGUACUUGAAAGCAGCGCAAGAGCUUCUAGACGAAGUAGUCAACGCUGAUUCUAACGACAUCAACGCUAAAUCCCAACUCUUCUCAUCCAAGAAAGCGAGCAGUGGAAAUGAUAAUAAAGCUGCUGGAGAAUCCUCCGCCGGCGCUGGAGAAGGUUCCGGUGACGGUGGAGAAGCAUCUGGGAAACGUACGGUGGAGCUAGGCACGGCGGAGAGGCAGGAAAUACAGAUGAAGAAAGCAAAGCUGAGCAACAUGCUUCAUGAGGUGGAGCAGAGAUACAGACAGUAUCACCAGCAGAUGCAGAUGGUGAUAUCGGCGUUUGAGCAAGCGGCAGGGAUAGGGUCAGCUAAGUCUUACACGUCGCUUGCAUUGAAGACCAUAUCAAGACAGUUCCGGUGCUUGAAAGAAGCGAUCGCUGGUCAAAUAAAAGCAGCCAACAAGAGCCUUGGGGAGGAAGAUUCGGUCUCUGGUGUUGGUAGGUUUGAAGGAUCAAGGCUCAAGUUCGUAGACCAUCACUUGAGACAACAGAGAGCUCUUCAGCAACUUGGAAUGAUUCAACAUCCUUCCAAUAAUGCUUGGAGACCUCAACGUGGUCUCCCCGAACGAGCCGUCUCGGUUCUCCGUGCUUGGCUCUUCGAACACUUUCUUCACCCAUACCCUAAGGAUUCGGACAAGCACAUGCUAGCCAAGCAAACAGGACUCACUCGGAGCCAAGUUUCGAACUGGUUUAUAAACGCGAGAGUUAGGCUAUGGAAACCAAUGGUGGAAGAGAUGUACAUGGAGGAGAUGAAGGAGCAGGGAAAGAACAUGGGAUCAAUGGAGAAGACACCUAAUUUGGAUCAAAACAAUGAAGAUUCUGCUUCUAAAUCAACGAGUAACCAAGAGAAAAGCCCCAUGGGAGGCGGCGCCGACACUUACCAUUUGAAUGCCAAUCACAGCGGUGACCUAGAAGGCGUCACUGGAAUGCAAGGAAGUCCCAAGAGGCUAAGAACAAGCGACGAGACAAUGAUGCAGCCUAUAAAUGCGGAUUUCAGCUCGAACGAGAAACUCACGAUGAAGAUUUUAGAAGAACGGCAAGGGAUAAGAUCAGACGGUGGAUACCCUUUCAUGGGAAGUUUUGGACAAUACCAAAUGGAUGAGAUGUCAAGAUUUGAUGUAUCUGUCUCCGACCAGGAGCUCUUAGCGCAAAGGUACUCAGGAAACAACAAUGGCGUGUCUCUCACGUUAGGGUUACCUCACUGUGAUAGCUUGUCUUCCACGCAUCAUCAGAGUUUCAUGCAGACCCACCAUGGGAUUCCGAUUGGGAGAAGAGUGAAAAUAGGAGAAACAGAGGAAUAUGGAUCUGCCGGCAUUAAUGGUGGCGGCUCGGCCGCAACAGUGCAUUCAUCAGCUGCAGCAGCCGCGGCUUACAAUGGGAUGAACAUACAGAACCAGAAGAGAUAUGUGGCUCAGUUAUUGCCUGACUUCGUUGCUUAA